CACCUUGCAUCAGCAGAAAAAGGAUUGACAGUCGCCCGCGUUGAAAGGAAAAAGGUGAAAUUCUUGCGGCGGAAAAAAGGGAGCAUUUUCCACAGACUUAUAAUCACUUUUACUGCACCAGGCGAACUUAAUUUCCCGACGCGCGAAACACGCACGAAACGGUGGAAAGCCCACCACCCGCUCGAAAUCGUGGUAGUUUGCAAAGGAUUUGGAAAGUGUGUCUCGCUGUGCGUGUGCGCCUGCAUACACAUUCGCAUUCACCGCACACAGGAACACACACACAGCACAGCGGACAGGCAGCUGCCUCAGACAAGCAAGCCUUGCAUUUUCUUCGGGGCGACAUCUUUUUUUUUUUUUUGUUUCUUAAUUCAAGUGCGGUUUUGCUUCGAGAGUGUUCGCGGUACGCGCCGGACGGGACGGACAAAGCGUGCGAAGAAUUAGCAACACAGUGUUGUUGACACGGCCGGUGCAAAGUUUGCCGAGUGUGCGAAUUUGCGUUCGAUCUUUUCGCCAUCCCAGUUUCGGAAACGUGCUCCCCUAUCCGCCAAGGCCGCGUUGUUGCACAGAGAGUCAUUUGCAAAUAGCUUUGCUGUGAUAGCGUAGCGCCGGAGAGGAGGAGGUGCACAAAACCCAAGGGCAAACGUUCUUUCAGAGCCCCCCUGCGAAACCAAACGGGCGUGUGUGUGUGUGUGAGCACCAUAGAGAAGCUCCGGUUGAGACUGCUUCCUUCGUGGUGCUGUACAAAAUGUCGUGGGAACCGCAGCCGGAUGGCCUGAGCCAGAUCAUCACACUGCUGAAGCAGUCACAAUCAACGGACAACAUGGUACAGCGUGCUGUGCAGUUGAAAUUGGAAGAGCUGAACCAGUAUCCAGACUUUAACAACUAUUUGAUCUACGUGCUGACGAAGCUAACGUCCGAGGAUGAGCCGACGCGAUCGCUGUCCGGGUUGAUACUGAAGAACAACAUCCGCAUCCACGGCACCGAGCUGCAGCCGGCCAUCAUCGAGUACAUCAAGCAGGAGUGUCUGAUGGCGCUCGGCGACCCGUCGCCGCUGAUCCGGGCGACGGCCGGCAUCCUCAUCACCACGAUCGCCAACAAGGGCGGACUGCAGAACUGGCCGGAGCUGCUGCCGACGCUGUGCGAUAUGCUCGACUCGCAGGACUACAGUGUGUGCGAGGGUGCGUUCGGGGCGCUGCAGAAAAUCUGCGAAGACUCGGCCGACGUGCUGGACAGCAGUGCGCUCAAUCGGCCGCUGAACAUCAUGAUACCCAAGUUUCUGCAGUUCUUCCGCCACUCGAGCCCGAAGAUCCGGUCGAACGCGAUUGCCUGCAUCAACCAGUUCAUCAUCAACCGCACGCAGGCGCUGAUGGUGCACAUCGAUACGUUCAUCGAGAAUCUGUUCCACCUGUCGUCGGAUGAUGAUCGCGAGGUGCGCAAGAACGUGUGCCGGGGACUGGUGAUGCUGCUGGACGUGCGCAUGGACCGGUUGAUGCCGCACAUGAACAGCAUCAUCGAGUACAUGCUGAUCCGGACGCAGGAUUCGGACGAAACGUCGCUGGAAGCGUGCGAGUUUUGGCUGACGCUGGCGGAGCAAUCCAUCUGCAAGGAAGUGCUGACGCCGCACCUGCCCCGCUUGGUGCCGGUGCUCGUGAGGGGUAUGAAGUACAGCGACAUCGAUAUCAUCAUCUUGAAGGGCGAUGUGGAGGAGGAUGAGAUGAUCCCGGACCGGGAGGAGGACAUUAAGCCCCGGUUCCAUAAAUCGCGCACACACACCCAGAAACCGUCGCUCGGCGGUGGUGCGAGCGGAGCGGACGGUGCGGUCCGAGCGAUGGAGGGCAAUGACGACGACGAAGACAUCGACGAUCCGUACGACGAAAUGGACGACGAUAGCAAUCUGUCGGAUUGGAAUUUGCGCAAGUGCAGUGCCGCUGCGCUGGAUGUGCUGGCAAAUGUGUUCAAGGAUGACUUCUUGCCAAUCCUGUUGCCGAUCCUGAAGGAAACCCUGUUUCACGAGGAAUGGGUAAUUAAGGAGAGCGGCAUCCUGGCGCUGGGCGCGAUCGCGGAGGGCUGCAUGAACGGCAUGGUGCCGCAUCUGCCCGAGCUGAUCCCGUACCUGAUCGUGUGUCUGUCGGACAAGAAGGCGCUGGUACGGUCGAUCACCUGCUGGACGCUGUCGCGCUACGCCCACUGGGUGGUAAGCCAGCCGCACGACCAGUAUCUGAAGCCGCUGAUGAAGGAGCUGCUGAAGCGCAUACUGGACGCGAACAAGCGCGUCCAGGAGGCGGCCUGUUCCGCGUUUGCCACGCUGGAGGAGGAGGCGUGCACCGAGCUGGUCCCGUACCUGGGCUUCAUACUCGACACGCUGGUGUUUGCGUUCCGGAAGUAUCAGCACAAGAAUCUGCUCAUCCUGUACGACGCGAUCGGUACGCUGGCGGACUCGGUCGGCCACCAUCUGAACAAGCCGGAGUACAUCAGCAUGCUGAUGCCACCGUUGAUCGAGAAGUGGAACAAUCUGAAGGACGAGGAUAAGGAUCUGUUCCCGCUGCUGGAGUGUCUGUCCAGCGUUGCCACCGCGCUGCACUCGGGCUUUCUGCCCUACUCGGAGCCGGUCUAUCGUCGGUGCAUUUCGCUGAUACAGCAAACGCUGAACCAGGAUUUGGCCAGCACCACCAGCCCGGGCCAGUUCGAGCAGCCGGACAAGGACUUUAUGAUAGUGGCGCUUGAUUUGCUGUCCGGACUAGCGGAGGGGCUGGACUGUUACAUUGAGUCGCUGGUGUCGAGCAGCAACAUUAUGCAGCUGCUUUACCAGUGCAUGCAAGACUCGAUGCCCGAGGUUCGCCAAUCGUCGUUUGCGUUGCUAGGCGAUCUGACCAAGGCUUGCUUCCAGCACGUGCAUCCACACAUUGCCGACUUUCUGCCCAUUCUGGGCCACAACCUGAACCCGGAGUACAUCUCGGUGUGCAACAACGCGACGUGGGCUAUUGGCGAGAUCAGCAUCAAGCUGAUGGAGGAUACAAAGCCGUACAUUCCGAUGGUGUUAGCACCGCUGAUUGAAAUCAUCAACAAUACCAACACCCCCAAGACACUGUUGGAAAAUACUGCGAUAACAAUUGGGCGUCUAGGUCUCGUGUGCCCCGUAGAAGUGGCCCCCUCAUUGCAACAGUUUGUGCGACAGUGGUGCUCAUCGCUGCGAAACAUUCGCGACAACGAGGAAAAGGACUCGGCCUUCCGUGGCAUGUGUCAGAUGAUUACGGUCAACCCGGUCGGCGUGGUGCCGGAUUUUAUCUUCUUCUGCGAUGCCGCCGCCUCCUGGAUGACACCGAAGAAGGAUCUACACGAAAUGUUGCAAAAGAUCCUGCACGGUUUUAAGAUGCAAGUUGGUGAAGAAAAUUGGGCCCGUUUCGUUGAGCAGUUCCCGCCCCAGCUUAGCGAGCGGUUGGCCGUAAUGUACAGCAUCUAAGCACCGGCAGCAUUGCAUCGCUCGUUCCAUAAACGCAAACAUUACAGCCACCCAAAAGGUUCUCCAACGCGGGAGCGGUGAGUGUAUAUACAUAAUGGGGCAAAUGCUACUAUUAUUAUUUCUAUCAUUUUUGUCAUCCACGAAUGGAACUAUCAACACGGAUGAUCAUGAUUGUUUUUUUUAAAGAAUGGUUAGAGAAAGACGGCCACGAAUGGGUCGUAUUAGCUACAUACCGUGCACAUAUUCUUCUGCCACGAGUUGACAAAAGCUGCCAAGUAAUCAGCUGAGCUUGUAUAUUUUUUUAUCAACAAAGUUGUGAACAAUGCAUUCAAAUUGUAGGCUUGUUUUUUGGAAAUUAUACUAGCCCUCGAUGCUCCAACCACUAUUGCACGAUGCAAAAGGAAUUAAGUAGUUUGGUUUCUAUCUUUUUUCAUGGUACAGAAGUGAGAUUUCGAACUAUGGGAGAUGAAAAUGGAGAUUUGCAGAUAGAAUGCAGGCAGAAAACCCUACAGAAAGGGAAUGAUGUUAGCCGUAUGGUUGCGUUGAAACAUUCAAUUGUAAAAUAUAACACCCCGGGCAUUAGGUCCCCUCUUUUUUCAUCUUCAUCUCUCAGCCGAAAUACAAGCAAAAAAGGAAGGUCGGCUAUCAAUCAAUCGCUCAUUAUCUCUACUCUAAAACGUAGCCCCCAAAAGCGUGUAUUGAUGCAAUGAUAUCCGUCAUUUAAUAUCGGUUUUACCAUGUAAGCAUGGAACGCGCAAUAAUGAUUAGAAAAUGGACACCACGCCGAGAACAUUCCGUUCUCUUCUGUGUGUGUUUUUUUUAUUGUUUUAGUUUGUGUCGUAGGAUGAACACAUAGUUUUGCUGUAGUUGUUUUAGGAGGGCGUGUAUUAUAUAUUUUAAACACACAGGAUCGUAGAAAGAGAAAACGGAAAAGCAGCAACGCCCGCGCAGUUUAUUGCAUGUAAAUUGUUACGCGCUCCGUGUAAUUGUGUUAUAAAUUGUUUUUCACACACUCUCCACACGCUGUUGUUUCUACGAUAGUAAUUAGCCCAUUUCCCCCCUCAUCAUGGUAUCCAACACUUGUUGUGCCCCCUGGGUGUUGUUGUCGUUGUACCGCGUCCGUACGUGCAUGCAGCUUCGGGUUGUAAAGUAGAGGCUUUUAUUUUUGCAACUCAUUUUACCACCGACACCCCGUCGUCUGUGUGUAAGCAUGUACGUGUGUGCGUGUGUGUGGGCGACAGCUUUCGUUUUCGUUUAAAACCGGGCUAUCUCAUAUUUUCAUCCCUUUCCCGCCUCCCCUCUCUCAACAUAAGCUCAUCUUCCCAAAAAAAAACAACUUCCCUCCGUUAUCCUUUCCUCUACGAGAAAACAAAACAAAAGUACGGUAGGAAGAACUCCAAAUAAGUUACAUUCGAAUAUGGUGCGUAGAACGCGCCACACUCUGCUAUCUGGAGACUUCUGGACGUUACAUAUAGGGUAUGUGUGUGUGUUAGGGUAAAACAAGCGUAGGGCACAAAGGUAUCCAAACAAAGUCGAUAGGGAUAAUUUCGUUUUGUCGUGAAGACACACAGGGCAAACUGGGUAGGGUAUGAGUUAUUAGUAGGAGACAGAAAGGACAACAAACCUAAUACUAGAAGCUAGGGCUGUGCAUCAUGUACUCGGUAGCAUUAUUAUUGAACAAACCCCCGGCUCAGACGGGUGGAGAGAGAGAUAAAUUCAGUUGUGAGGCAGCGGAAACGGAAACAUACCAAAACGGAACAGAUCCAACAUUGCCAAGUGAAGCCAGCAGGAGAUUAAAAAGAAUGGGAAGCGUUAAUAUUGAUAGGGACAAUUUUAAGCCAAUUUAACUCAGAUUAGGGUACACAAGCUUAGGGAUAAUGUUAGGGCAAAACGAAACAAUACUAUGUAGGGAAUCAGUGUGACUGAGAGAGAACGUGUGAGUGUGUGUGUGUGUGAAUGGAGUGUAUGAGUAUGAGUAUAAUUGUGAGCAAAAUGCCAUUAGUGCUUACUUUUUCCGUAGCGUGUAGUUCGUUGUUCAAGGCGUUUGCUAAUGGCUAAAUGUUUUCUGAUUUCCGAUAUCUGAAACGGAGUUGAAAACGGUAGAUAAAACAUACACACAUCCAAUCCAAUCAAUCAUCUUCGAUUGCACCGGUGCCGUGUGCAAAUAGAAUCUGUAUAGAGCUUUCGCCUCUUCGCUAAAGAGAUUAAACGAAACGUUGUUCGCUGUGUAUUGUUUUUUUUGUUUUUUUGGUCAGCAAUCAGCAAUUAAAAGCAAAAAGAUCGUGUUGUCGUGUAAGUAGUGUCAAACGCGUUUUCCCUUAGUUCUGGAAUCGGUGCAGUUACCGGGUCAGAGUGCAUGGGGGAGAAGGGAGUAGUAGGGUACACAGGGCAACAAAACAGAAAGUGAUAUUAUUAUUAAAAACAAGGAGUUCAAAUACGUAAGGCACAACAGUAGGGACACAGAGCAAAGGUUAGGGCAGUUAGCGCAGGGCCAAAUCAUCGUGCAUUCGUCGCGUCGUGUUCGCGUUUCGCAAAAAAGUAUAAUCCGGGUCGGGUCGUUAAUUCUUCGCGCGCGUUUCUAUAUCGGGUCGUAAUCGUUGCGGGUCGCGUUUAAUAGAUAAAAUGAAACAGAGUUCGGUUCGGUUCGGUCGCGUUAUUCGUCUUCGUCGUCGCGUUAUUUAUCCGUCAAUCCGUGUCCGGUGUGGUGAGUUUAGGGGGAAUGUUGGGGGAAAACGUUGCAUCAAACGAAUCCGUUGCAAAUUGGGUUUUUGUUAUAGCUUGAUUUUAUUGGGGAAAAAAUCGUGUUAGUUGUGCUUCCACACAACUGAAAGAAAUCUGCUAUCUUUACAAAACUUAUUAAUGAUUUUGUUCCACAAAAAGAGAAACCGAAUCAGCUUCGUUUGCUGCAUCAAAACAAGUUCGAACGGAAGGGAACGAAAGGAACAAACUAAUUAAAGUAACUUUGAACCAAGAACUGAAGUAAAUAAUGAAACAAAAGUCUGCUGUGCGGAAGAAAAAGGAAGAAAAAAACCUAAUCAAACAUACCGUGGGAUUGGCAGAAAAUUGCAAGUCUGAAAACAUUAUCUUAAAAAAAAACCAAGACAGUACUAACACACAACACAAGAGAGUUUGACUGGUUUUAUGUUUAGUAGGUAUGCACAAAAUAAAACAGAAAACAAACUCAAUCCUUGCCGCCCUCGACAAAGAAAGGGAGACAAAUCAAAACUCAAAGUGUAGUGCGCACAGAGAGAUGUUAGAUCGCGUAUGCGUUUAGUGUGUGUGUGGGUGUUUGUAGAUAGGCAGACUAUUUGAGACGCGUGGGCGUGGUGGUGCCAUUAGUGUGUGAUAGUGAGAUAUUAUUUAUUGCUCCAGCGCAUAACAAGCAAAACAAAAAUCAUGAUAAUAAGUAUUCUAAAGCAACUUACUGCAACACUGAUACCAUUCUGCAAAAAACAGGAACUUUACACAAACAAAACUACAAACAAUUAGAAAAUGAGAAGAGAAUUGUAAACCGUACUACUAGCUUGAAAGUAACUUGUAAUUGCUGAAAUUAACAAAAGAUUAAGAAGAAAACACUAGCAAAACAAAACGAAAGAUAAACUUGAGAUAACAAAGCCUUAUUGAGAAAAGAAAACAGGAGAGACAGUGCUUAAAACACACAGCAACAACAAACACAUGUAGAGAGAAAACAAAACAAGUGCAAAACACAAGUUAUCAUUAGAAAAGAAGAAACGCACAUAAUCUCACAGCCACAGAAACAAACAAACUUGCAAUACAACGCGCCCCCCGUGUGCCAAUCUUUUCAUCCAGCGUGUGUGCGUGUGUGUGGGCACGUAGUUAACAGAAACUUUAAAAAGACUGAAUCCAGAAAUCCAAAACAUAUGUGUGUUUCCCCAUGCUCAUAAAAUAACAUACGCACACACAAUACAAACACAACAUAAACACAUACCCCACACCAUCUGCAGAGAAGCAAACAGAACUGAAAAUUAAACAAAUUGAAAGGAGAUAAAAAAAAACGCUUAGCUAACUACUAGUAGGAAAAACCCUUCUUAUUCCAUCAUUUGUGAUGUGUUGUUGUGUUUGUGUGUUAGUUCUGUUAUACGAUUAUCCUGCUUUAACAGUGGCGCCUCGUUCCUACCCACUUUUAAUUCCAUGCAAGGUUUUCCGUCUUCUGUAAAGCGUUUUAUAGACAAAAAAUAACAAUUGAACCAACUUUAGUACUAAUUCCAGGCUACUCCUUAAAUAACCUGUUGUUGUAGUUCUGUUAAACGCUCAUUCAUUUGUUUAUUCCCUCUUUGUCAAUCGUUCCUCACGCGUACCUUAAGUUCCAGUAGUGACAAGGCUUGUUUUGUGUUGUUAUGGUUACUGAUACGUCAUACAUAAUCAUCUUCAUAAUUAUCCAUCAUCUUCGCUCAGUGUUGCAUGAAUACAAAAAGUGGAAAGUUCCUUGUUUCUAAUUUACCAAACCGAAACCUGCACGCUAGAAUCAAAGAAGAAAAGAAAAAAGAAUCAGACAAAACCAAUGCCAAAAACCAGCUUCAAACCACAACACGUGUUUAGAAUAAUGUACAGUGAUGAGCGCUGUUGUAGUGUGUAUAAAACAGAAUAGAGAAAACAGAAAAACAAAAACAAAAGAAAAAAACAACCUACAUAAUUUAACGCUAAACAAAACCCAGGGCUGUGUAAGGAUUGAUCUAGCUGUAGAAAAUUAACGAAGGGGAAGUUAAGGAUGUGAACAACACAUAUACCGAUCAAAAUGUGGAACAAAGUCGUACGCGCACACACACACACAUGCCUCUCCAAAGGCAGUCGUUCGUCCCCUUCGAUCAUUGUUGUGUGAUAGUGUACAUACAAAAUCAAAACCGUUCGUUUUUCUUUCUUCAAUGCCCAAAAAAAAAAGCCAAACAAAUACUCGUUUAAAAUUGUGUGUGUAUGUGCAAUUGUAGGCAGCUUAAAAGUGUGUUAUGUUUUACUGGACUUAACUGAUUUGUGCAGCAGAAAACCAUGUGAAUAACACUUAACUUAUAAAAAAGAAAACACACACAACCAAAAAGCUAUAUCGGAUCGUCGUUCCUCUCAGACAACCAAUAGACAAAACGAAAGCAACAUACAAACAAACAAAGCAAAAAGGUGCAACUAAUCCUCUCGUCGGUUCGUCAGUCGCGUAAUAAACUAAUAAGGAAUAAAGUAAUAAGGGGGGUCGUCUCUCGUCGCCGUAAACGUUAAACAAAUUCGGGUAAAACUCGCGUAAAUCUCGCACCAUCCGUUAUUCGCCGCCGCCGCCGCCGCCGCCACCGUGUUCGUCGUGUAAAUCCGUGUGAUCGUUCUCCGUCUUUCCGCCGUCGUGGUCGUCGUCAUCGUUCGUAUUCGUCGCGUUCGCGUAUUUAUCGUCGUAUUAUAUCAAACUCAGUCGCGUGAUCGUGUCGUGUCGGUAUUUCGUCGGGAUCGUCGGUAUUAAUUAAAACAAAGCAGCAAGGAUAGGGUUUACGAUAGGAGAUAUGUGAUACUACAUACAUAGUAGGGAAAAUGUUGCGUUAUUUGUUUUUUUUUCUUCUUUGUAUAGGGGUUUUUUUUUAAACAAGAACAGGGAACAAGCAUAAAAAGAAGGGAAAAGCUCUACGGUAGGGAAUAGUAGGGAUUGUAUUUUUGCAAUUGAUCAUAAAAAAAAAAACAAAACAAAACAAAAACGGGCCAAAAACCAAAAACCAGCAGCUGGUGGUAGUAGUUGUUAGCUUGUAAUCUGUCGUAGUUUUCUGUUAUUCCUUUCCUAUCUCUCUCUCUCUCUCUCUUUAUCUUAUAUUAGUCUCACCCAUACAACCUGUGUGAGGGUGCACUAUAUUGACUAUUUAGUUACAAAAUCACUUAUUAGAAGAAAAAAAAACCUCAUGUACGAAUGUGUUGGCUAUGAUGUGUAUGUGUAUGUAUGUUUACGCGAAUGUGUAUGUGUGAGUGUGUGUGUAUUUAAAGAAAAGGUGUGUGUAGUUCAACUGAUUUAGUUAGAUUUUUCAAUUACGAGAUGCUGCCGUUGCUGGCGCACGGAGGCACAACAGCAGCAACUCUUUUACUAUUAAAUAGGAAAUCAAAUUUCAAAUUGUUUGAUUGGUGUUCAACAAACUGUUCAAAGAAAGGAGCAACCACUUACAGAAACAGAAAGGUGCUAUAAUAUGUACGAAAAGAUAAAGUUGAGUGCCCGUCAACACGCACACGCGCCGCCUUGCUCAAGGUGGCGAUUGCAAUAAUUGUUGUGUUACCCUUUUCCGAUUUUACUUUACUAACUUAAUUUGCUUCCCUUUGUUUUAACAAACAAUCAUCAUACAAAGCGUGCGUCACACUGUAAUUGUAAAAAAAGGCAUUCUCACCUUUCCAAAAUCAAAUGUGUGUGUUGCAGAAUUAAUCUUAGAAAGGGAAGUAAAAAACCAAACAAUCCAGACAAAUUUUCAUCCUGUUUUUUUAAAAUAAUAAACGUAUAAUUAGCGAAUGUGCGAAUGAAUGUGAAUGAGUAUGUGUGUGUGUGAGUGUGUAUGAGAGAGUAGACAAAUAGGGAAAAAUACGAUACAAAGAUACCAGAACAGUAUAGGAUUAUGUUAGGGAAAUUCAGCGCAAAAGUGAUAGCGUGUUAGGGCAAAAGCAGCAGCAGCAGCAGAAGGAGUGUUAAAUAAGCAGAAAAAGGACUAGGACAAAAUCAUGUCCAGGAGCAUAGGAGCAUAGGUUAUAUUUGUGUAUUAGUAUAUCAACAGAAGUCUCAUCCUCAAUUCCUACCAAUUCUCCCCCUUCCUUCCCAUGGAAGUGUACCCGUAUAAUACUCCCUAAUCAUCCUUCUACAUCCUCCCCUCCAUUAUCGAUGGUUGAUCGUCGUCGUGUCUCUUUUCCUCCUCUCUGCUCACAUUAUAUGAUCAUUUUGUUUCCUAAAAUUGCGUAGUUUUGAAUUAUGUUUUUGGUAAGCAAGCAAAGCUAGUAAAAUAUACCCUUUGCUUUUGCUAGCUAUGGUGCAUGCAGAAUCACUGUGCCCAAACAUCAUUUCUCCCUACUACGUUUUUUUCAAGCCUAAUAAAAACGUUUAUAAAUUUGCAAGAAACAAAAAGAAGAAAAAAAAAAGAAGUAGUGGGCAUUUAGUGCUGUUGCCAUGCUCAAGAAGAUUGGGCACUUGUUAGCAGCUUACUAACGGCUCAACACUACUCAUCCGUGCUCAUCAUCAUUGUACUAUUUAUGUUCUAAGAAAUCGCUAAACUACGAUCGCAGCACGCGGAUUGUAUGAUGGUGUAGGUGGUUUGCCCCCCACAUAGAACAACGCUUCGUUUAGCAGAUACACUAAGAAAUGAAAAAAUCCCGUUCCAGCGUAAGACAAUGCUUCUCAACGAGAGAAGAAGAAAGAGAAAGCAGAAGAAGUAAAAGUACACAAAUCUCUUGCAAAAACCACACAAAAACUCACUACUGAAAAGCUUUACUUGAACGAUGAAUAGUCGAACAGAAACUCGCUCUUCUGUACACAACAACAAAAAAGCGAUAAUAACAGGAAGGGGGCUCUGUCUGCCUGAUCCAGCAGCACCCCGAGAGAAGGUAGAGAGGGCACAGUUACUUAAAACAAACUCUUUCUAACCAAUCCAACCGAAGCUGUAAUAAAAAUUUCUCGCAGAAAGAAUAGCACCUACCUUAGAGAAAGUGACAGAAUAAUACUACAAAGUGUGAUUAUAGGAAGGGCAGAAAGAGUGCAACGGAACGAAAGAGAGAGAGAGAGCGUACAUUAUACAUAUUUCGAAUCAUUAGACAGAGCAGAGCGCACCAAAACCCUUGCGAAGGAGUAUAGGAAAAAUUAGACGAAACGAAACUGCGUAGCGAUUUUUCUUUUUGGUUGUAGAGCUGACGAUGCACUGUGCUGUUCAAUACAGAAAAGAAGGAGCAAGACACGCACGUCAGAGAAGCUUUAGCAGAGGUUUAGCGGUAAAGGUGGUGUUGUAGAGCAAAAUAUACGGAUAGACAGAAAAAAGUGGUUUAAGGAGAGAAAUAAGGUGUUGUGUCGCAACAAUGAUUACAGAGAAUACAUAUUAUACAUCUAAAUCUAUUAAAACAUA